CCAGGCUGAUAACACAGAGGUGUAUACAGUACGGUGUGUACGGACGAGUUAACGAGAUGCAGCGAGAGUCCUGACAAGCAGCAGAUGGCUGCAGCUAAAACAGGAGGAAAACCGAAAGCGGGAAACAGAAGGUUUUAUUUUUCAGGACUUUAUUCUUUUGCUCUGAAACUUGAGAGAGGUCUAUUUGGUGGUCCGUUCGCCGCGCGCGCGCACACACACACCUGCGACACCACGAUGCUGAGGACGCGCCGGUGGUGAGCGGCGCGUGCGUCGGUGACACAGAAGAAGAGGAGGAGAAGAAGGAAGGAGGGCGGAAGAGGAGGUGUGCUGAAGGACGAAAAGGAGUGAGAGUGAGGAGAGGACAGGAGGAGAUCGGAUUCAGUAGCGCCUCCUGUCCGAGUCCAAAAGGAACCUGCGCGCACGCGAAACACGCAAAGCUCCACGCGCUACCAGGAAGACUAUUCCUUAUUAUUAUUUUUUUUUAUCAUCAUAUUCAUCCUUAGGUAUAUUUUGAAUACAAGACUAAUGGAGAAGAAGAAAAAGAAGGAGGAGGAGAAGAAAAAGAAGAAGAAGGCGACGAUGCCGUUUUCCACGCGGCUCUUUGUGCGCUGGAGAGCCGCGCAGAUUCUCGCCUCGGUUUGCCUUCUGACCGUCGGAUUCACCUGCACCGGAGCGGAGCACGCGGCAACGGUGACGCACCCUCUCCCAGCGGCCUUCGCGGACCUGCUGCCCCACUUCCUGGUGGAACCGGAUGACGUCUACAUCGUGAAGAACAAGCCGGUGACGUUGACGUGCCGCUCCACGCCCGCCACUCAGAUCUACUUCAAGUGUAACGGAGAGUGGGUGCACCAAGACGACCACCUGAUCGAGCGCACCGUCGACCCCGCUACAGGUUUCCCAGUGAUGCAGGUGAAGAUUGACAUCUCACGCCAGCAAGUGGAGAAGGUCUUUGGGCUGGAGGAUUACUGGUGCCAGUGUGUGGCCUGGAGCAGUACAGGAACCCAGAAGAGCCAAAAGGCUUUCGUUCGCAUCGCCUAUCUGAGGAAAAAUUUCGAGGAGGAGCCGCUGGGCAAAGAGGUGGCGCUCGACCAGGAAGUGCUCCUCCGCUGCCAUCCUCCAGAGGGCGUACCGACCGCCGAGGUGGAAUGGCAGAGGAACGACGAGUUGAUCGACCCCAAGGCUGACCCCAAUUUCUUCAUUUCAGUGGACCAUAAUCUCAUCAUCAAACAAGCUCGGUUAGCCGACACUGGCAACUACACCUGCGUGGCCAAGAACAUUGUGGCGCGCCGCAAAAGCUCCUCCGCCGCCGUGAUUGUCUACGUGAACGGCGGGUGGUCCACGUGGGCCACGUGGUCGGCGUGCAGCGCCGUGUGCGGCCGCGGCUGGCAGAAGAGGAGUCGGAGCUGCACUAACCCCGCCCCCCUGAACGGAGGCUCCGCCUGCGAGGGCCAGAGCGUCCAGACGAGCGCCUGCACGGCCACCUGUCCAGUGGACGGAGGUUGGAGCGAGUGGAGUAAAUGGUCAGCGUGCGGAGCCGACUGCACCAUGUGGAGGAGCAGGGAAUGCACCCAGCCUGCCCCAGGGACCGGGGGCAAAGCGUGCCAGGGUCUCGACCUCCAGUCGCAAAACUGUACGAGCGAACAGUGCCCUCAGACCGUGUCUGGUGCAGAGGACGUGGCUCUGUACGUGGGCAUCUUUGCCGUGGCGCUGUGUCUCACUCUGCUGCUGGUGGUCCUGGUCCUCGUGUAUCGCAGGAAGAAGGAAGGGCUGGACGCCGAUGUAGCCGACUCGUCAAUCCUCACGACCGGCUUCCAGCCCGUGGGCAUCAAACCCGCCAUGCCAGAAAACUCUCAUCUGCUUACAAUCCAACCGGACCUGACCACGUCCGGUUACCAGGGUUCUCUCCGUACACGCCACGACCCGACCUCCAAAUUCUCCCUGAGCGACGGCCCCCUGCUGGAGCCUCUGGCUAACGGGUCACAUACCAUGGCUAACGGCAAAGUGAGCAGCGACGCCGGACACCUCACCAGCCGCCUCGCCACCCAGAGCUACUUCAAGACUCUGCCGCGGGACGCCGUCCAUACCUCGUACGGCACCUUCAACUUCCUGGGGGGACGUCUUACCAUCCCUAACACGGGGAUCAGCCUGCUCAUUCCUCCCGAGGCCAUCCCCCGAGGCAAGAUCUAUGAGAUUUACCUCACAGUGCAGAGGAAGGACGAUGUGAGACUGCCCCUGGCUGGGUGCCAGACGCUGCUGAGUCCGGUGGUUAGCUGCGGCCCGCCAGGCGUCGUGUUGACUCGGCCCGUCAUCAUCAGCAUGGAGCAUUGCUCUGAUUCCUGCACUGAUCACUGGGCCAUCAGGCUGAAGAAACAAACCUAUGAGGGAACCUGGGAGGAUGUGUUGCUGCUCGGCGAGGAGUUGGUGUCUGAGCCAUUUUACUGCCAGCUGGAGGCGGAGACUUGCCGCUUGUUUACCGAGCAGCUCGGACGCUUCGCUUUGGUCGGAGAAUCCCUCAGCAUGGCCGCGGCCAAGCGCCUCAAACUGCUGCUGUUCGCCCCGGCAUACUGCUCCACCCUCGAAUACACCAUCCGUGUCUACUGCACUGAUGACACACACGACCUUAUCCAGGAGGUGAUGCAGAUGGAAGCGCAGCUCGGAGGUCGCCUCAUUGACGAGCCACACGUUCUCCUGUUCAAAGACAGUUACCAUAACCUGCGCCUCUCCAUCCACGACCUGCCACAGGCUCAGUGGAGGAGCAAGCUGCUCAACGCCUACCAGGAGAUCCCGUUCUAUCACAUCUGGAGCGGCACACAGCGGAGCCUGCACUGCGCCUUCACGCUGGAGCGGAUGGGCGUGAGCACGUGCGAGCUCUCCUGCACGCUGUGUGUGUGGCAGGUGGAAGGCGAAGGCCAGAGCUUCAGUCUCGACUUCAACAUCUCCAAGGACACCAGGCCACUCGAUGCUGAUCUCCUGUUGGUGGAUAAGAGCAGCCCGGCUCUGGCCGGCCCUAGUGCAUUUCAGAUCCCCUACCUCAUCCGGCAGAAGAUCUGCAGCAGUCUGGACACGCCGUGCCCCAACGGAGCCGACUGGAGACUCCUCGCCCAGAGACUCAAACUCGACAGACACGUGAGCUUCUUCGCGUCGAAAGCGAGUCCGACGUCUACCAUCCUGGACCUUUGGGAAGCUCAGCACUUCCACAGCGGCAACCUGAACCAACUCGCCGCCAUCAUGGCUGAGAUCGGCAAACAGGAGGCCAUGAUAUUCCUGGUGUCCGACGGGGAGUGCUAACAUCCAUACACACACACACACUGCUGGGAGGUCUAACAUAGGCAGGACUAAUCUAACAGGGUUUAGCCACCGCUUUGGUGCGCUGUGACUAUAAAUACACCAAACACACACAUGCAAAAGACAUACACACGACACCCAGCAACGAUGUAUAGAACACUUACACCAGUGUUGUUGUUCCGGCUCCGUCUCGAACCACGGUUUUUUAAUCCAUCAUAACUUUUAGGCAGUUUUUUUAUGUCCUUUUUUUUUUUUUUUUACAAACUGGGAAUAAAACAGAAUCGGAGAAAAUGUAUUAAGACAACAUAAUUGUUAGGACAGAAAACCAGGACAGAACAAAUUGUUCAAUAAAACACACCUUAUCGAUAUUCGGUUUAGAAGAUUUGCAGAUCGAGAGAAAGUCAACACUUCUCAAAUCCGAAACCUUCACGUUCCACCGACAAGCCGACUAGCACUUAAAUGAUACGUUAGCUACGGCUUUUUUACCCUCCAGUUUCCAGGCAACCGAAGCAUCAGCUUUGCUAACAGAUGCACGAUUUUGUCCACCCCUGUAGGAUUCAUUCCUCGAAGAAAUCCGACGAAACGAUUUCCGUCUGUGCAGCCGUGAGAGUUUUGAGCGGCGCGUGUUGUCGCGAACGUGUGGCGUUUAGCAAUGGGCGAAACUCAAAAACAGAACAAAGGGAAAGAAAAAGAACUAAAAAGUUUCACGAUGCCACGCUCGGGAAGUACAAUCCGUUUCUUUAUUGAAGGUUUUUAAGAAAAUGUCCCUUUUUGAACCUGAUGAAACGGUUAAAGUCGAAUUCUGAUUUAACACGACCACCAGCGUGCCGCUUAAACAAAUAUAUACACACACACACACACUAUAUGGACAAAAGUUGUGGAAACCUGAGCAUAAGACUGAGGCUUUUAAAACAUUCCCAUUCCACAUUUAGUCCCCAUUUGCUGUUAAAAGAACCUCCAUUCUUUCCACUACUUCGUGGAGAUUCUGCUGAUCCAGACACACACGUGUUAGUAAAGUCAGGCACUGAAAAGGUUUUAAAAUGGAACAUGUUUCGUAGUUCAUGAAGGAAAAAUUUCUUAGUACCGAAUCCAAAGACGACGAUACAAUUGUGUGCCUCCAAUUUUGUGGGAAGUUUGAGGAAGAACCACAUCAGGCUGGAAAGUCAGGUGUCCCAAUACUUUUGUCCAUACAGCGUAUUUAUUAUUAUAACAAUAAUAAUAAUAAUGCAAAGCCGAGACAAGUCAAAGUGUAUCUAAGUCAUCUGUUUUUCUUUUGUCUUUUUUUCCCCUGCUUUUUCCCAAAGCCAUAAAUUUUCCCAAACGAAUCGAGACUCAAUAUUGCAGAUCGAAUAAUAAAAGCGUGUGAGGAAAUAAUAACAUAUGCAGGAUCUUUUACAAGACGCAGCCGAAACGGAAAUUUCAAAAUGACGUUAAAAAAAGAAAAAAUGAAUAAAAAAUUUCAGGGUUUUUUUUUUUCUGAAAUCUAAAAGAAGAAAAAAAGAAAAGAAAAAAAACAUUUUUUUUUCAAUAAAACGACAUCGAAUUCGAUCAUUUUUUUAUAAAGCACGCUGUAAAAGGGAAAGGAAUUUAGUAGAAAAUGCAAUACUAUGCGGUUUUUUUUUAUAUUUAAAAAAAUAUAUAUUUAUUUUAUGAAUUCAAUCCAAUCGAAUGUUAAUCGUAUUUUUGUUCCAGAGCCACUGGGAAGCUCGUGCUGUGUAGCAUAAACAAAACAAAGAAACAAACAAGAAACGUCCGUCACGUGAUUGAAUGAUUAAUGUAGUAAGGAAGUUGUCUACUCGGCCCGCUUUCGCGCUCGCCGUUCUAGAUGAUGAUCGCGUUAGCAGUGCUAGCUCGAGUCGUUAUUGAUUUCGAUCGCGUUACGGAAUCGAAAGACGUUUUGUACACACGAGCUGUUCCGUUUAGUGACAUCACAACAUCCGACAUUGAAACCAAGCAUUUUGGUGGCCUGUGAGUGUGAUAUCAGCCUUGACUGGUCCCCAGAACACGUUCACAUUCGUCCAAUCAGAACGCUCGAAUGCAACGUGGACAUUAAAAGAGCAGUUUGUGGACCGAAAAACGAUCGGCGUUACGCAACACAUCGACUCAGUUUUUUAUUAAUUUUUUUAUCUGCGCCACUGCGACAGACACGAGGUUAUUUUGUUCGUAUGCAAUUCGCCGCAUCGCUUUUAUUCGCAUACUUAGGAUUCAAGCGCGAAUGUUAGACGGGUGCGUUGCCGGAAAUUGUCGCACGAUCGGCUACACUCGAAUCUGGAAUACGGUUUCCUCCCCAAACUGCUCCUUUAACCCGAAUACUUCAUGGUACUCGGAAUUCAGCAUUAUACACUCUAUAGACAAAAGUAGACACCUGGCUGGAAGAUCUCAUUUUAAUUCAUUUAAAUAUCCUCCACUCUUCUGGGAAGAUGUUCCUCUAGAUUUUUGUGGAUAUUUGUGAAAGUUCAUCGAGCUAUAACGCUGUUAGUAAAGUCAGGUAAGUGAUGAAGUUGAGGAGGUGAGGAGGUCUGGGGUGCAGUCAGAGUUCACAUUCAUCUCAAAGGUGUUUGAUAGGGUUAUAGAGCUCUAUAGCAGGAGAUCUUCUACUCCAAACCAUAUAAAGCAUGGAGCUGGCUUUGUGCACAGAGGGACUAUCAUGCUGGAACUAGUUCGAGUGAAGGGAAAGUUUUGUGCUCAAUUUACACAAUUGUGCGUCUCCAACGUUGUGGUAACGGUUUGAGGAAAAACCCACGUCUAGACUGGAAGAGUCAAGUGUCCAAAUACUUUUGUCCGUAAAAGCGUAUAACGCCGUGACCAGAAACCUCACGCUUUCCAAACCGGUUCCCAAGCUUUUCUUUUCUCUCGCGUCGUUUGUAUAUAAAUACGCAAAUCUUUUUCUAUUCCAGUUCUGAUGCCGACGCGACACAUCUCUGGAAGUCGCUAACCAAAGUUUAUGAGCCAUUUCGAGACGAGUCGCUUUCCUUUUAGAACGUCGUCCGAACAUUUCACGUCUGUAGGAAACCUCGUCCGAAUCAGAUCGAUGUACAUUUCAAACUGUGCGACGUUUCGAUUUUCUUUGUUUAUGUAUAAUUUUUUUUUUAAGCAAUGUUUCACCCGGGAACACGAUUCGUCCGAACUGUUCGUCAUCAAGCACUUAGGGGAAAAACGGAAAUGAUAUUUUAAUACGAAGCCAAAAAAAGAAAAAAAGAAUAAAAAAAAGGUGUUACAUUUUGUCUAAGACCCGUGAAGUGUUUGGUGCAUCGUUCAUCGAUUACAGCGUUAUGUUUUGCACAAGGUUUUUUUUUUUAAGUCCUGAAAUUGUUUGUGAAACAUUUUUUUUUUUUUUUUUUUUAGUAUUUAAAAAAAAAAAUUAUUUAAAAAUUAUUAAAAAAAAGCAAAAAAUGUACUUUGUACUUUUCUCAUUGUGUCCCGUCAUAAUGUGUGUUUUGAACGCUAUCGUUUUUUAUUUGUUGUCUUUUUUCUUUUUUUUUUUUUACACAUUACACAAACAGAAAAAUGAAAAGAAAUCCAAUCAAAAAAGGCACUUUUUUGCCAAAUAAAUAAAUAAAAAUAAACAAAUAAAAGCCAACUCCAGACGUCACGUCGAAGCCGAUCUUGCGAUUUCCCCACACACGAUUGUACAUUGAGUCGAACUCAGCUGUUCUGUAUAAAAGAGUGUGUGUGAGUGUACUGUUCAUUUUUUUUCCCUCCGGCUUUUUAUUUCCAAAAAAAAUAAAAAAAUUUAAAAAGAGAAGAAAAGAUAAACAGUAGACGUGUGUAUCUGUGAAUGUUCUUGGAUUUUCUUCAUUCUUAAUGUUCUUGCCUUUCUGCGAGUCAGAAUGCUGUAUUUAACACGCCACAGCGCUUAUGCAAUUGUACAAUUCUUUUUUUAAACCAUAUUUUAAAGGGAUUUUUUUGUAUCUUUUUUGUUGUUGUUGUUAUUACCCCCCUCCUUGCCCUCUCCCUCCCUCUUUCUACCCCCUUCCCCUCGCUCUGUCCCUUCCUUCCUCGCUCUCUCCCUCUUUCGUCAAUGUAAAUUGUCGUUCGAUGACUUUGUGCUAACAGGAAGUCCCUCCCACCUGCCUCCUCUUCCCCCUCCCCCCCAUGACCGAGGGGGCUUUCUCGACUUUUGGACAAUGAUCUGGAUUUGUGGGUAGAAUUUUGGAAAUUCGUUUCUAAGUGCUUUCAAGUAUUUACUUGGCCUUAUGUAUAUAUAUAUAUCUAUGAAAAUUUCAGAAAGGUAAUGUAUAGUAAUUCAACCUGAAAUGUAUGUAAAUAAAUUAUAUAUUGUUAAAAAAA